CCUCAAGUCUGAACACCGUUUCCAUUACUCAAUCGGCAUCCACAAGAACCGGUCAAGCUUCCUUGGCAUCUUCAACUCUCAAUGCAUGGUGGAGGCUCCUCAUCCCCUGCAAAUGCAGAUGAAUUGAUAGCCGGGUUCGCAGAAACAGUCGAUGAGCUCGUCAUUGUCGACUGGGAGGGUCCAGACGACCCAGAAAACCCGUUCAACUGGUCUAAGCUCCACAAAUGGCUGGUGACCUUCGUCGCCCUGUUCACCACCUUCCUCGUGCUCGCCAAUGGCACCAUCAUCACCGUCGCCCACUAUGAGCUGGACGAGCGUUUCAAUGUCAGCGAGGCCUCAUUUGCCAACUCCUACUGGCCCGUUACCACCUGGGCUCUGGGGGGUGCCUUCUUCUCGUUGAUCAUCCUCCCGACGAUGGAGGACUUCGGCAUCCGCCGCACCUUCCUCCUCACGCAUUUUGUUUUCAUCCUUUUCCUGAUCCCGCAAGCUGUAGCCCAGAACUUUGCCACUCUGGUCGUCACGCGCUUCUUCGCCGGAGGCUGUGUCGCCGUACUGGGCAACAGCGCCGCGAGCGUGAUCGGCAACAUCUGGGGCAGCGAGCGCGAACGCACUAAACCGGUCAGCCUGUGGAUCGUCGCCUACCUGGGCGGCAGCAGCAUCGGGCCCGUGCUGGGGGCGUCCAUCCUCCAAUUCCUCUCCUGGCGCUGGAUCUCCUACAUGCAACUUAUCUGGCACGGGAUCUUGUUCCCCGUGGCCGUCGUAACGAUGCGGGAGUCCCGUGACCUGGUGAUCCUGAAGCAGCGAGCCAAGCGACUGCGUGCGAAAGGUGUUAACGCCUACACCCGACACGAGAUCCUGUCCAAGCCGCUCCUUGAGGUGUUGGCGACCAGCAUUCAGCGUCCGCUCAAGAUGCUCGUCACCGAGUACGUGGUGUUCUUCUGCAUGCUGUGGUCAUCGUUCACCGUGGGCACGCUGUACCUCUUCACCCAAUCGGUCGAGCAAGUCUUCGAUGCUCUGUACGGCUGGGACCCCGUGCAGUCGGGAUAUGUUCAGGGCGCCAUUGUCAUCGGCCAAGUCCUGGGAUGGCCGUUGACUCUCGUCUCCGCUAGACUCUAUUUCCAGUCCGCGAAACGCAACACCCAGAUCCCGGGGACACCCAUUCCCGAAGCACGCUUAUACAUGUCCGUCGCUGGAGCCAUCCUCGGCCUCACUGGCGGGAUGUUUGUCUACGCGUGGACCUCCUACCCCAGUCUCCCAUGGAUCGCUCCCACCAUCGGCCUGGGUAUGGUUGGCGCCGGCAGCGUGGUCGUGGUGACGGGGAUUAUGGAUUACGUGGUGGAUGCGUACAGCAAUUACGCUGGCAGCGCGAUGGCGUGUGUCGUGCUGGGGGAGAACACCUUCUCGGCUUUUCUGCCUUUGGCGACGAUGAACAUGUAUGAGACCAUGGGGUUACAGUGGGCGAGUAGCUUGUUAGGGUUUAUUAGUCUGUUGCUGACGCUGGCGCCGGUGUGCAUUAUGAUCUGGGGGGAGAAGAUCCGCGAGCGCAGUCCGUUUAUGAAGGAGGCGACGGUGCGGAAGGUGGCGGAAUUGCAUGAGGCAGAGGAAGGGGAGGAUAAAUGUUGAUUGUCAUGAGGCAUGAUUAGAUGAGACUAGACUUUUAGCAAUGAUUA